AUGCGUCGUGCCACCUACCGGAAAACGACGUACCUCGAAACGACGGAGGCCGCGCAGACGAAGACGGAGGCGCCGUCCGAGCCGGAAUAUGUGUUCAAUCCGAGCGACUACUCGUUCGAGAGCGUGGUGAAGAUCUUCGUGGCGAAGAUGAACGGCGUGGCGGAGGAGCGGGAGCUGCUCUGCUUCGGCCAGACGAUGCUGUACGUGCUGUUCGGCGCGAAGGACCAUAUUUUGGAGCGCGAUGUGACGAUCUUAGUGAACGUGCUCUUCGAGUUUUUGCGCUUGCAUCCGAUCCCUGCGGUGAAAGCCUGCGUGGAGCAGAUCAUUCUCAACGGAAUCUGCCAGUAUCUGAGCGAGAGCCACAUCACCACCACGUCCUCCAUCAUCAACAAGUACAUCCUGACCUAUCAGUCCGGAGCGGAUCUUCCGUCCGAAGUCGUGGCUCUGACCGCCGCGCAGCUGCUCGCGAAGAUCCUGCCGAUCCUCGGCGAGGCGAUCAAAGCGCAGCUGGAUGAGUUCCUGGGCUCGCUGCUGCCUGCGUUGUCGAAAGACAGCGUGGCGCUGCAGACCACGGUGAUUCGCUCGCUGGUGAUGAUGGGGAACACGGACGCGUCGAUUAUCGAGGUGAUGAUCAAGCAGCUGAUUCUGCAGCUGACUCAUCACAUCCAGUUCGCGCGCGAGAAGACCGAUGUCAAGGUGCGCGAGGAUAUCUUGCUGGGCGAUGGGAUCACGAGCUACUGCAAAGCGAUCGGCGAGUUGCUGCUUCUCCUCUUCACCAAAAGACACGAUAUUCCGUUCGAUCUUCUCAGCAUGUUACUGGCCAAAGCCGACGAGCUGCAGCAGCUCUACUCCGAGAACACGGUUCCCGACCGUCUCGUGAACUCGCUCACGGGGAAUCCGGAAGCGACGCGCAAGCGGCAAGUCUACAGCUGCUGUGAGGAGGGCGCGUGGUAUCUCCGCAUGGGACUGAGCGCCAUGGACAGCGACUGGCUUCUCCCGGAGUUGGAGCGACUCAUCAACCAGGCCUCGGAGUUCCUCAUCGCGAUCAACACCGUGUUCCACUCGAUUCGUUUUUCGCAUAUCGGCGGCGCGGGCUCGAAUCCAGAGGCCGCGGCUGCGACCGAAACGGAGCUCGAUUUGUGUCUGCAGGAGCUGAUUCCGUGCUUGGAGACGGUCUUGGUGCUGGUGCGCGUGCGACGCGACUUGUUCGAUAAGUACACGCCGCUGUACAACUCGCUGAUCGCGCAGUUCCAAUCGCUCUGCUCGCUGCUGGGCGCGCUGACCACGAACUCAAGCCAUCUGCUCAUUCUGAUUCAGCGUCUGGAGCUGCUGGCGCUGCACAUCGUGAACUCCUUCCCUGCGCACAUUCUGAUCGCGGGCUGCGAUUUCUACCUCCCUCUGACGCUCCAGCUGGUGUUGGACACGGAGGAAAUGAGCACGCUGAGCGAGGAACUGCUGUCGCACGAGGACGACGUUCUGCUGAUGCACAAUCACCCCGAGUGCGUCGCCUCGCUGCAGACUUUCGAGAAGAACGCGAAGGCGUUGAAGAACCGGAACCCCUACGACUACGAGGACGAAUCCUUCUACAUCAUCUUUCAUAAAGCGCUCGUCACGCCCAGCUCCAAUCCUCCCUAUCCCUCGUUGAUGCGUCCCUACUCGCCGUUGCUCCACGUCCGUCUGAUCAACGUGGCGAUCCAGGCCUUCUCCCAGCUCUUCGUCUACACGGGAUCGGGAAGUCGAGGCCGCAUGAUCGAAGUGGUGCUGAGCGGAAUGUCUGGCCGCGAGAAAAUGACCACCGAGGCGAAGCAGAUCUGUGCGCACAACAUUUUGUGCAUUCUGUGGUGUGUCGUCGAUACCGCAGUCAAGUUCGAUCUUUAUUUAGAGCCGCAUCCCUGGCUCGCCGCUUCGCGAUCGAUUCUGUUCUCUGCGAUGAGCAGCGUGGACCCGAUCAAUCGCCGUCUCGCGGCCGAGGCGUUAUCGCAGCUUUGCGUUGUGACCGACGUGGAGUUCGUCAACAGCGUGAUCAACGAGAUCCAGUCCGUGCUUUCGGCUCAUUCCGAUCCGUUGAAAGUGAGCACGUGCGUGUUCUGCCUCUGCAACAUUCAGCGCUCGGUGGACUGUCGAAACGGCGAAGCGAUGACCGACAGCGUCAUUCACGUGCUCAUUGCGGAGUGUGCGAGCUACGAGCAGCCGCUGCGGACGUGGUGCUUGCAUUCCGUGGCAAUCGCGCUGCAGCUCAACGAUGUGAUCUGCGAUCCGCAGAUCGUUCGCUGGCUUUUGAUGACGGUGAGCCACAGCAUUCUCCAAGAUGCUGGCGGCCUGCUGUAUGAGAACCGAAUCUCGGUGAAUCUCUCUCUGCUACACGUGAUCUACGCGUUUUUGUGUGGUGUGGAUCACACGGUGCUGGAGAUGUACAAGUACGACUGCGUAACGCUGCUGAAUAUUAUCGAUUUUAUGUGGAACACGUGCAAUGAUACGCAAGUGUUGCAGACGUGUCUUCAGAUUUAUUCGAUCAUUUUCGAAUUGUCUCCUUCGUUCCUGCAUAUUCCUGCGAUUAUCGACCGACUUCGCCGCAGUCUGGUGUGCAACGACACCAAUCUUCGCUUCUCUGCGAUUUUGUCGAUGAAACGUGUGGUCGCCACAACGCCUAAUUUCUUCUAUGGAUCCAAAGACGAAGUGGUCGUGGAUAUUGAAACGCUUCUCGAAGAAGUCUUGACUUGCUAUCAGAAAUGCAUUCUAACGGAUAUGACGGUGCAUGUGAAUGCUUGUUCCGAGCUCUAUGUCGACAUCAUCAACAAAAAGCUGUCGACCAUUUCGCCUUCCGACAUUUCUUCGUUCUGGAGCUUUGUCUGCGACAUUUCCAAGGUGGUGAUGGGCGAUGCGCCUCUGAUCGACAUUUUCUCGGCCUCCUGGUCUUCGCAGAAGAACGGAGCGGAGCCUGACUCGCCUCACGCUGACGACGAUAAAGAAGAAGCGGACCAAGGCGUUGAAUCGCUCACUGUGGCUAAAAACGACGACAAUGAAAAGGAAUGGAUGUGGCAAGCGUCUCUGCUCUCGCUGGAAGGUUCCUACACGGUGAUUCGCAAGCUGUUCGACAUUGUGGACGAAUCGAAUCCGAUUAUCUAUCGCAUGUUGAGCGAGCUGAUUCGAUUGUGCUGCCACAGUACGACGAUUAGUUACGAAGGCAGCCAGUUGGAAUGCAUUCAGACUCUGGGAUUGUGCAUGCUGAACGAUGUGAUUAUUCGAUACGCUUCUGUUCCGGACACAGAGAACCCGGAUCAUUUCUUCAUCGAGCAGUACGAAGUGCAGAUCAUUUCGGCGAUUCGUCGCGUGUUGACGCUCAGCACUGUGUACGAUCCCGUUGUGCUGUCAGUGAACAUCGUCUACACGCUGAUUACCAGCGGCGUCAUUACCGACAGAGCGUCUUUGGGGAAGUUGAUGCAGAUGGUGAAGCCGCUCGAUGAGAAUGUGGACAACAGCAAGACGAUUCUCCGCAUUGAGCAGAUCAAGAUUCAAGUCAUGGCGAAGCUGUUCUUGCUCUGCUUCCUUCCCGAUUCGAAGCUGCAAGGCCCGAUUCGGAGUGAGAUGACUUCCAUUGUGCAUCAGAAUGCGGAUUAUUGGCGUGCGAAAUGGUGCGUUCGAAUCCGCAGAGCGCUGAUGGAGCAGAAGGACGCGACCGAGUUCGCGUUGUAUCUCCUCGUUGCCAUGGCGUUGGUGAAUCAAGAGCAAGUGACGAAGAAAAAGGAGCCCAACUACGAGUUGCAGCAAUUGGUCUUGAUCGUCGGAGGCAUUAUGAGCGCGCUGAACGAGCUGUUAGCCGACCAGCAGGAGAAUCCUUCCCUUCUGACCUGCCUCAUCGCGCUUCGCCUCUGCGAGCCGUUCGUGCAGUUCAUUCCAGGAGAGCGCGUCCUGGAGGAUUUCGUGGAGUACGUGCUUCACGUGCUGGAUGUGCUGCUGCAAUCGCCGCUCAUGCAGAAGUCCUCCAAGCUACGCGAUCAGCUGUAUGAUGAAAGCAUUGAGCUGUUCACGGGGAUUCUCCCGUUUGUAAAGAUGGAGAGAGAGGAAGGAAAGAUGAUUGCGACGCUGCAGCCGAAGCAGGUGCAGAAUCAAGUGACGGUUCGGAAAGAGAGCAAGGUGAAGAAGGAAGCGAGUGUGAAGAAGGAAAAAGAGAGCGAAGAUGAUAUGUGA